AUGUCACGCUCCGCGAGAAGGCACCGGCAGCCGGGCGGCAUCGGCGACGAGAUCCUGCAGCGCGCGUCCAUCAUCUCCUCGCCAUCGCGCUCCGAAGCCUCCGCCGCCUCGGAGCCCCCCUCGCCUUCCCCGUCGCUGCCCCCGAACCCGCACUCCUCCCGCCGCAAAUCCCGCUUCCAGGACCUCUCCGCCGCGGACUCCUCCCACCGCCGCACCACCUCCUCCGCCUCCAGCUCUCCCGCCCGCCCCCUCCACCACCGCCGCCACGCCUCCACCUCCCACGCUCCCGCCGCCGACGGCUUCGACGACGGCGUCGCCCGCCUCAACGCCUUCCUCCGCCGCCAGCGCGUCGCCUUGGACAACCUAGCCUCCGGGGACAUCCGCGGCUCGAGGCCCACCAAGGUCGUGCUCUCUGACGCCUCGAAAAGUGUGAGCUCGAUUGUGGCGGCGAUAUGCUACGCGUGGGUGCAGUCGAGCAAGGCGGAUGGCCAUGCGGCGGUGCCGGUGGUGAACAUGCAACGGAGCAGGAUGGCGAGGUGCAGGCAGGCGGCCUGGCUCCUCUACCACGUCGGCGUCGACGCCUCGGCUCUGCUCUUCGCUGACGAGGUUGAUAUGGAGGGACUGAUAAUGGAUCAGCGAGCUAGCUUGGUGGUGGUGGGGCAAGAUGUUUUGAGAUCAAACGGCGAGGUGGGCUCGGUUUGCACGGUCCUCGCCAAUAACUAUUGUGAAGAAACUUAUAGCCCACUUCAGAGCCAGGACAUAAAGAAACUCAUGCUUGCAGGUAUCCUGUUAGAUACGAACAACCUAUCCAAGACGUGCUCCGACAAAGAUUCAGAGGCAGUGCAACUGCUCUUGUUCGGUACCUCUGAGCAUAAGAGGCACGAGUUGUUUCAACAAUUGAUGCUUGAUCACAAUGAUCAUUCUUUUGUCGAAUUCUUGAAGAACACCUACAGAAAGUCAUCCACAGAUGGUGAUGGGGACAGUCCUCCGGAGCAAAAGCAACCAAGUCCAGUGCCAUUAUUCCAAGAUGCCAAAAAGUCCAAUUCAACUAACCCGAGACCAGCCCGCAGAACUGGUGGAAAGCCUUCAGAUGAACCUCCUCGUGGGAAAAACAAAUUUUCCUUGGCAAAAUGGUUUGGUUUUGGCCCAAAGUAA